UUGGGCUCCCAAGAGCCUGGCUGUCUGGGAGGGGCCCAGAUGCAUCGCGGCCCUCAGCCCGGCGCAGGAGGGCUCAAGGGGAAGAUGCGCUCCCCCAGCAUUUCUGUGUAUGGGUUUCUGUGGGUCUGGCUGCCCCUCUUCUACAGCCGGUCUGUGAAAAUCGACAAGGUGAUUGCCGACACUAAAAGCCUCACCAGGACGAUCGUUGCCAGGAUCCAGGAGCACCAGUUCCCUCCGCUGAGCCUGAAGAUCAACGGUCUGGACUUCAUCCCCGGGGAGCUACCGGUGCAGAGCCUGGAGGCCAUGGACGAGGCUCUGGAGCUCUUCCACCAAGUCCUCUCCAACCUGCCCCUGGAGGCCCCCGUCGUCCAGAUCUCCCACGACGUGGAGAACCUCCAGAGCCUCUUGCAGCUGCUGGGCUCUCACCUGGGCUGCCCUCCCCACAGGCCCGCCCGCUCGGACGCCCUGCAGAACCUGACCGAGCGCCUGGCCGUCUCUCCCUACACCGCGGCGGUGGUGACCCUGGACCGCCUCCAGAAGUGCCUGCAGAGCAUCACCAAGCAUCUCGACCACGUGCACAACUGUUAGGGGGGCUGCCUUGACGAGAGGGGCAGUCCAGCAGGCGACACCCCUGCAGCAAAACUGGGGGCCUUGACUUGCAUUAGGCACCCAAGCCUGGUUGGCAGGUCCUUCCUGCCCCGUUGCUGUUUGCCUGGUGGCCAAAUCCCAGGGUGGAUUUUCUCGGUUGUGGGGUGUCGCUUUGUGGGGCAGAGAAUUACUGAAUAUUGGUGGUGGGGGGAUGGUGGUGGGCGAGUUUGUGAUGAAACGUGUAGCAAGGACCUCCUGCUUCCAAGGGUGGAAUGUCUGGGGAGGAGGGGUUUCCGCGUGCAAGGCUUGUUGCCCAGAGGGCCACCCUGGAUCUCAUCCCAGGCAAGCAGGCAGCUGAGGAUUAUGGGAGGAGAAACACCUGGACGGAGGCUGGCGGGACAGAACCUCUGGGCAGAACCCGGCUUUGUGGGCCUGGCCGGGCUCCGGAGCGAACGCAGAGCUCAGAACAUCUGGGCUUUGCCGAGGCAGCC